UCAUGUUGACCACUCUCGCUCUAAACUCUCUCUUCAUUUCCAGACCCAAAGUUUCAGACCUCCAUCCUUUUUUUAUUCUCUCUUCUUUUCAUUAUUGAUCUUUCCCUACAUUUUCUCUUGCAGACUAUAAAUGUGAACUCUGUUCUUUUUACUUUUAUUUUACUGUUUCUCUCUCUCUCUCUCUCUCUCUCUCUCUCUCUGGUUGUCCUCCAUUGCAAACCAAGCUUUCUUUCUGGCUUUUCAAGGUCCCUCAUUCAUCCACAAAGAAGAAACCCCACCGGCCAUUUCACCAACCUCUGCUUUUUGUGCCUCUAAAGUUCUGAAAGGAGAGAUUACUCUUCCUUUGCAUCUAUUGCUCUAAGAUUUGAUAUUUGUCCGGCCUUAAGUGUGUUUUUCUUUUAUAUUUGCUUUUGUGUUUUGGCCCACCUUUGUUUCCGAAUCCUCUACUUCUAAACUACUCAUCUGCAAAUUUUCAUUUUUGGACUUCUGGGGUUGCGUUAUUUCUUGUCGAAUCUGCCUAUCUUUGCCUGUCGACACUGUUGCUUGAAAAAGUUGAAUAGUAGGCAUGUUCUUGCUUCUGUGCGGUCUCAAAGCGGAAGAUCAAGGGCUUUAGAUCCCCUCUAAUGCGUGGGGAUUAAUACUGGAUAAUAAAGAUGCCUCGAAUAUGAUGGGUGACUUGUGUAAUUAGUUCUACCUUGUUUUCCAAGGCAUUUCAACAUGGGAAAUGUGAGGUUGGAUCAGUGUUGCAGUCCAUGACAUUUACUGGACAGAUCCUGUUUGCCCUUCAUACAGGCACUAUAACUAUUCCGCCUUUUGUGUCUCGAUAAUUAAAAAUGUCACCCGAAAGCUCUCUGAAUACUCAAUUGUCGAAGAAGUAUUUGGGUCUGCAACUAUGGGUUUGGAUUUGUAUUGCAGUUGGUGCAUUUAUCUUAUUGGUUCUGUUUGUUCUAUCUAUAUGGGUUACGUCUCGGAGGAAAUCAAGGACCCUAGACUGGUUUUCUCUUUCUCAAAUUCCCAGUGUCUCUAAGGAAAUCAAAGUUGACAGGGUUGGAGGUCAGAAUUUCCAUGAUCAAGGUCUUGUCCUUACAGUCCAUGAUAAGUCAAGUGACAAAGAUUCAGAGAAGAUGUUAGUUCAUUUGGGUAGGAGCAAAUCUAGCGAGGGAGAUAACAUCAGCCAGUGUAGCUCAGUUUAUCAGCUUGAGAAAGGUUGUAGCUCACAGUCAUGGGAAGAAUCCCACAAGCAGCCUUCAUAUGGAAUUGCAUCGGCUUCUCCUUUAGUUGGUCUGCCUGAAUUCUCGCAUCUUGGUUGGGGUCACUGGUUUACUCUUAGGGAUCUUGAAUUUGCAACAAAUCGCUUUGCAACGGAGAAUGUUCUUGGGGAGGGUGGAUAUGGUAUUGUUUACAAGGGCCGGUUGAUGAAUGGAACUGAGGUUGCAGUGAAGAAACUCCUUAACAAUCUGGGUCAGGCAGAGAAGGAAUUCAGGGUUGAAGUGGAAGCUAUUGGCCAUGUUCGACAUAAGAAUCUUGUGCGUCUUCUGGGAUACUGUAUAGAGGGAGUUCACAGAAUGCUUGUGUAUGAGUAUGUGAACAAUGGCAACUUAGAGCAGUGGCUUCAUGGAGCUAUGCGUCAACAGGGUUCCCUUAGUUGGGAAGAUCGCAUGAAGGUUAUCCUUGGGACUGCUAAGGCGCUUGCGUAUCUGCAUGAAGCAAUAGAACCAAAAGUCGUUCAUCGAGACAUAAAAUCAAGCAAUAUCUUGAUUGAUGAGGAAUUCAAUGCCAAGGUUUCUGACUUUGGAUUGGCCAAACUUUUAGGUUCAGGAAAAAGUCACAUCACUACCAGAGUAAUGGGGACAUUUGGGUAUGUGGCACCUGAAUAUGCAAAUACUGGCUUGUUAAAUGAAAAGAGUGAUGUCUACAGUUUUGGUGUCCUGCUGCUAGAAGCAGUUACUGGUAGGGAUCCUGUGGACUAUGGUCGGCCUUCAAUUGAGGUCAAUCUUGUUGAGUGGCUCAAGAUGAUGGUGGGAAAUAGGAGAGCAGAGGAAGUUGUUGACCCAAACCUUGAAGUUAAACCCUCAACUCGGGCUCUAAAACGUGCCCUUCUGGUUGCACUGAGAUGUGUUGAUCCUGAUUCAGAGAAAAGACCCAAAAUGGGUCAGGUUGUUCGAAUGCUUGAAGCUGAUGAAUUUCCAUCUCGUGAGGAUCGGAGAAACAGGAGGAGCCGAACAAUUAGCAUGGAAAUUGAAUCCAUGAGGGAGAAUUCUGGAUCAACUGACAUGGAUAGCAAGGUAGGGGCAACAGAGAGUGAUACAUCCAAGAGAUCUCAUGGUCAGGACUGAGUGAUAUAUUCUCCACCAAGGAGAUUUGAACCAUUCCUUAAAUUAAUUGAAAGUUACCAUAGAGUAUAGAGUUUGUUAAAAGAAAUGCCUUGAUAGAGCAGUCAGAUUGAGGAUUACCCUUCUGGUUUCUUAGAAUGUUCUUGUUACAAUCCAAAACAAAUGAAGGAUGUAGAGAAUUGCCCUCCAUUCUGGGAUUUGUUGCAGUCCAGAAAAAAAAAAGAAAUUCUUGUUGUAUAGAUAUGUUUUCAGGGUUCAAUGGGGUUUCCUGUCUUUUUCUAUAUGAUUCUUUUUUGUUUUUAAUCCUUUUUUUGCUCUCCUUUUUCUUUGUAUUACAAUUUAUAGGCUGGUAAGACUCUUCAUUAGCUCUAUUUCUUUUGUCAACCUUUUUUUUCUCUUAUGUAUCAGUUGUUGAAAUAAUUUAUUCCUUAAAUCAUUCCUUACUUUUUUAUCUA